UUUCGCGUUAAUGAGUGACUAUUAUUCAGAUAAUGCGAAAUUGCAACAAGGCGAUUUCUUUCGCAAGUCAGACACAUAUCUUAUGGAAUGAACAUUUUGCAAUUUCUACUCAGCGCAGUUUAAAUACGUUAAUUACGUUAUAUAUACCCUCCAACCAGGUGCACUCAGUUUUAGUUUUUUUAGUUGCCUCUGUAUAACCUCAACUUCGCAUUUGUUCACUCUUGAUUGUUAUAUAUCCUAUCUAUUACAACAUUUGGGUCAUCAAAGCGCUCUCCUAUUCUUUGGCUUUUCAUCACCUUUAUCCAACGAAAACGCAUAUUCACGACAGAUAUGAUAUUCCAUAGAAAAAAACAAAGUUAGUUUCAACAAAAAAAGAGUUGUUGGCGUAGAAAUGGCACAAUCUCGCAGAGACAAAAAGUUGAAUGGUGUGGACACGUUUGAAAGCUUGUCUGAAGUUUUUCGCUGCUUUAUAUGUAUGGAGAAGCUUAAUAACGCCCGUUUGUGUCCACACUGCUCGAAGUUGUGUUGCUACAAGUGUAUAAGAAAAUGGAUCACGGAAACACGGUCCCAGUGCCCUCAUUGCCGGGCUUCAUUGCACAUUUAUGAAUUGAUUAAUUGUCGUUGGGCCGAUGAAGUUACUCAACAAUUGGAUAAUUUACAAUCUCAAGCUACUUCAUCCAGAUCUGGUAGUGGUCAAAAUGAUUCAUUGGGAGGAGCAUCAGUUAAUAAUACAUUAUCAACAUCUAGUACUGAAGUUUGCGAAUUGCACAAUGAACGUUUAUCUGUAUUUUGUACAACAUGUGGCUAUGCUAUCUGUCAUCAGUGUGCAUUAUUUGAUAAUAAUCACGAACAGCAUUCGUUUCGUCCGUUAGAUGAUGUUUAUAAUGAACAUGUAAAACAGAUAAAGAAUGAAAUGGAUCAAUUUAAACGAAGACAUUUAGAAUUAAUAUCAUUACUUCAAGAUGUUGAGAAGAAUGUACAGGCUGUAAAACAAGCCAAAGAAGAACGUGUUCGAGAAUUACGCAAUGCAGUUGAAUUAAUGGUAGCGCGUUUAGAUUCACAACUAAAAUCAAAACUAGUUACUCUAAUGAGUCAACGUAGUCAAUUAUUUCAAGAAAUCGAAUCACUUGAAAAUCUUUUACAUGAUGUUCAAUAUGCGGUAGAUGUUGCCAAACCGUCUGAAAUGGUAGAACGAUCAUCUGAAAUUUUAGCACUGCUUAGUGACGUACAUUGUAAACCUAUGGCUUCGUUUGUUAGUGCGCCUGUACCAGCUGACUUUGUAAGUGAAAUUGUACCUCCUUAUGAAUCGAGUACAUUUACACUCCAGCCUUAUUCCAUUAUGAAACAAAGAGCUGAUCCUGUAUAUAGUCAACCAUUACAUGUAGGCGGUUUAAGCUGGCGUCUUAAAGUUUAUCCAGAUGGUAAUGGUGUUGUACGUGGUAAUUAUUUAUCGGUGUUUUUAGAAUUAUCUGCUGGAUUAUUAGAAGCAUCCAAAUAUGAAUAUCGUGUAGAAAUGGUUCAUCAACAAUCUCGUGAUCCCAGUCGCAAUAUUGUACGUGAAUUUGCUUCACAUUUUGAAGUUGGUGAAUGUUGGGGUUAUAAUCGUUUCUUUCGUUUGGAUUUAUUAGUUAAUGAAGGUUAUUUAAAUAGUGAAACAGACUCAAUACUACUUAAAUUCCAAGUAAGAGCGCCAACUUACUUUCAAAAGUGUCGUGAUCAAAAUUGGCAUAUUUUACAACUUGAAGCGAAUCAAGGUCAUUGUUUUACACAGUUGGCUGAAUUAAAAGAACGUUUAUCGAUGGAAGUAGCCAGACAAACAAAUAUUAUUUCUGUUGCUACUACUAAUACUGCUACUGCUGCCUCUCCCAUUACUGAUAUUUUUAACUCAACUGUUGUUACUACAACAAGUAGUACUUCUGUUGUUUGUCAACAGUCGACAGAUUCAUUAAAACCUUCAACUAGUCUCUCGGAUCCCACUUCUACAAUUAGUCAGUCGACAUGUAUUAUGACAACGUCUCCUUCUCCACUUGAGCUUCAACCAUCAUUAUCAUUACCAGCACAAUCUAUUAAUGAAGAAUUUAUUGAUAAUUCUACUAAUGAGUCAAAUAAGUAUGCAGCAUCUGUUCCAGAAAUGAAAAAUAAAGAUUGUAUAAACAUGGAUCGAAAUGAUUGUACAUCUCAGUGUUGUCUAAUAAACAGUACGAAUAACACUUCAAUUAGGAAUCAUUUAACAAAUAGUGAAAAUCAUACACAGUCACUGCGUGGUGUCAGUAACAAUAAUAAUAAUAAUAAUAAUAAUAAUAAUAAUAAUAAUAAUAAUAAUAAUAAUAAUAAUAAUAAUAAUAAUAAUAGUGAAAACUUAACUAAUGAAGAGGUUGAUGAUUGUUUAACUACGGUCAAUGUGUUGAAUUCACGAACUACGGAUGUCGACAAUGAAUACGCUGAACAGCUCAAUGAACUACAAGCGAAUUCAAUUGCCCAGUUAUCUAUUGACAUUUCAGAGCCAUUAUUAAAUUUAAUUUUGACUGCAAAUCAGCAAGAACAACCUGUAAUAAACUCAUCAAUUUUAUCAAGUUUAGAUAUCAGCCAAUUAACUGUUUCAUAUAGUAAUGAGGAUAAUAAUCAUAAUAACAAUAAUGUCAAUAGUGAGGAAGAUGGCUUCUUUAUUGAUUCAAGUAGAUAUUUUAAUACUAGUGAACAGUUAAUGCCUCAUGAAGAUGUUGAUGUAGAAUCUACGCAUUUCAGUGAACCAAUCUCUUAUGGUGGUGAUGAUGAAGGGGAAUUUGGUGAUGGCGACUCUGAGAACAACAACAAUGAUGAUGGUGGUGGUGAUGCUGACGAGGUUGAAAAAAUAGACGAUGAUGAUGACCAAGUGGGUGAAGAUGGUGGUGAUGUUGGUGAAGAUGAUGAUGAAGAACAAACGGAUAAUGAUGAAGAUAAUGAAGGUGAUAGGCAACAAAAUUUCAUAUCGAAAUUUCACAACUAUACGAAAUCUAAUAAUGAUAUGGAUAAUAGUUUAAGUGAUGAUAAUGACGAUGUUGAACAGAUUAGACAAACUAUACAUGAUUAUGAUAUAGUAUCACAAACAUCAGAGAUUCUCUCAGAUCAUGACAGUUUGCAAUCAAGUAUUGAUUCGAAUAAAUUACUUUUAUUAAAAAAUAGGUUUAUGAAUAAACCGAAAAAUUCAUUAAACAUCAUAGAUUCAAUUAAGGCAUUGAAAAAUCAAAAACAAACCAUUGCUGCAACGACAACAAUCACUACUCCUAAUACUAAUAAUGGUAUUAUACCAAUGAUAGAAUAUGAAUGUAAUCUUAUGACGGAUGUUGGUAGUGAUAUAAACUCAACUUAUGAUGAUUAUGAAUAUCAUACUAGAAAUAGGAAUACAAUUGAGGAGCUUUUAAAACUGCCUGUUCUACGAUCUGCCAAUGAUAGCAUUAGUAAUAAUAGUAAUACUAAUAAUAAUAACAUCAAUAAUACACGAAAGGUUAACCAAAUCUCACGUCAUCCAUUAUGGUUUAAAUUAUCUACAAAGGAUAAAUCAAAGUUACAGUUCAGUGAGGCAUCAACCAGUCGAUUCAAUCAUGACAGUAAAUUACAAUGUAAUUUCAAAGAACAAAAACCAUUUUCUGUUAUUCAAACACAGACGAUAGACAUCACUCAUAAUAAUAGUAAUAAUAAUUGCAAUAACAAUAUCAAUGGACUUGAUAUAGACUCUUCACCUAGAUCAAUUUUUAGUGAAAAGUUGAACGGAUGUCAAUCCUCUUCAAAUUAUCAACCAGGAUUAGUUAGUGAAGCGAAUUGGGAAAGAAUAACCAAGGUUCCCAAUGUUUGCAGUGACACUACUUUAAUUCAUCCUAAGUUAUGUGCUUCAUCAUCGUCAUCCUUAUCAUCCUCACAUUCGUCAUCGUAUGGGAAAACAAUAUCAGAAAGCUAUUUAUUGAGGAAUAAAAGCUCUAAAAGUUUAUCAAACCGUCGUUUAACUGAUUUUAGUCAUCAGCAUCAUCAUCAUCAUGAACAUUCUCAACGAUCUCAAUGUAGUAAGUUAAAACAUUUACCUCGAUAUCAUAAAGACAAUUUAAAACCAUUGUCAUUAGUAACAACUGAUCAAGUUCCAUCCUGCAGUAAUCAUACAUCAUCUUAUGUAUCUUAUAAAUGUAAACAAUCUAAUGAGUUGAGUGGGAAUGAUCUACAAAAGGAACUAGUAACUAAUAGACCUAUUCCAAUCAACUGUAAUAAGAAUGAAAACAGUAAUCAGUUGGGGAAAAACAACAACAGUGCUAGUUCAUCAUUGUCAUCGUCUAUAACGGCAGUCAAAACAACAACAAAAUGUUCUGAUCAUUUUCAACCUGACAAAUUGUACCAUUUCUCAUCAAUAUGUAAUGAUCCGAUUAAUCAGAUGAUGAAGACUACUACAAAAAUAACACCGUCAGGACAGAUUAUAAAAAAUGAAAUCCAGCAUUUAGAAAAUGAUAUUGAUGAAAAAACAAUGACAGGAGAUCGUGACGUAAGUGAACAUGUAUUAAAUAAUCGACGUUUUUGGGAGGAUUCCAAUCUUAAGGCUAAUAAUAGUAAUAAUAGUAGUAACAAAAGUAACAAUAAUGAUGAGGAGAAAUUGUUUAAUUCAUCAUGUUUAUUACUAAAUAACCAUGACAAUGAAAUAUUUGUUAAUCAACCGAAACAUGUAUGCAAUUCACCACGCACUGCCACAGUAAAAUCCAAAUCUGCUAUGAGAAUGAUGAGCACAAUCUCUCAAAAUAAUAAAACAUGUCAUCCACUGACUAGUGAUGGAAAUUCAACACCAAGUAAAUCUAUCUUAUCAGAUGAAAUUAAUUCUCGUGAUAUGUGCAUUAAACGCUCUUCUCACACUAAGCACAUUCAUGAUAAUUUGGAAUGUGAUAGAUUGAAUUAUGAACCAAUGUACAAUUGUAAACCAAAUUUGUGUCAUGUAUCGUUGGGACAUCAGAAAGAAGCCAUAAAUUCACGUUUAAAACCUGAUUUAGAUACUAUGAACUCCAGUGAAGUUGUACCAAGUCAUUCAGAUGUCAGUUCUCUUCCAUUCCAGUCAAUUGGUCUUUCAGUUCACAACAAAGAAUCAAAUAUUUUAGGCAUUGAUUAUCUAACUGAAACUCAACAGUUGAUAGCAGAACCAACAGAUUUAAGUUUAGCUAUGCUGUGUCAUAGAAUUAGCCGUUUACAGACUGAAGCAGAAGCUGUGGCUAAAGCAAUCUCGGCUAAUAAUCACAACAAUAGUGCUUGUACCAGAAAUAAACAGUCUACGAGUAAUUCACCGGUUAUCAAUCAACAGUUUGCUAGUCCAGUAGAUGAAGCACAAUCAUUCCGAACUGAUUCAAAUAGUCAUACAAUAAAUGAAAUACAGAUUCGUCAUUCACCGGGAAAAUUUGAUGAAGGUCUCGGUAGAUUAGUCAAUAAAAAUGAACAGUCAAGUCAAUUAGACACUGGUGAUGAUAAUAAUAUUUAUGAUCAAGGCGAUACUUGAAACAAUCAUAUAAGCGAAAUAGUAACGGAUGAAUUAACAUUCUAUGUAGAUGAACAAUGACAUAUUUUGGAUUUUCUUUUGCAUGUGUUCAGUGCACCAUCUAUACAACAGCAACCAAAAACAGAAUUACACCCGAAUGUAAUCAUCACUAUGAUUUUUAUUAUUAUUAUGCUUCAGUCUAACAUGAACCUCUUACAACUGGGUGCUGCCAAAUGAUUGAGCUAGAACCGUUCGCAUUCCAUUGUUCAUAUUGUAUCUUUUAUUUAUGCAGUAAAUGCUAUAAAAUUAGUAUUAUCACCAUUAUCGUAUUCUGUUAUGGAUAAUUGUAGGCUACAUAUUAGAAUUCAAGUUAAUUAUAUUUUAUUUAUUUUGGCCUUGGUCUAUGGUUUUGAUAUUUCACAAAAAAUUUCGACAAUCAUAACCUUAGUGACCUGCGUCUACACCUCUGUAUUCAAUAUUUCAAAUAGUUGUCCUCUUUUUCUUUAACCAAUUUAAAUUAACUUAUGUGUAUAAUGAUUCAAACCUAUGAUAAAAAAGGCAUGACUCAACAUACUCAGUUAAAAAACUUUUGAGUGCAUUACUCGAUAUUCAGUGACUGGAUAGUGUUUGAAAUAAGGUAUAUAAACUAUAUUCAACCGAACUCCUACAUCAUGAGGUCACAUGUGUUUGUUAAUUUCAUUCAUGAAUAUGUAAAACCCGAUUGUAGUCAAUCGUUCGAUCAGAGAACCCAUCAGACUGUUUUACCUUCUUACUGUUUAAGACGGAAUGCCUUAGUGACUAAAGAAAAGCUGUAUUAGUCAAAGAUUCUGAAUUGUCUUCAAUCUCCACUCUCUAGCUGAAACUAAAAUAAUGAGCGGAACAAAAUUAUUAUAGGUCACAUUACAUUUGUUAAACUAUCUGAUGUUUAAACGAGGCUCAUGUCCACCUAGUACGCGUCAGAGAUAUUAUCGUAAACACAACCUAAGGGGGCAUAUUAUUCACUAACUUUCUUCAGUUUUUCACUUUAAAUCAUAAGUAGUUGGGCAAGUAAAUAAUACAGGCAUUUUAUAUUGUUAGCGUAAUGCCGUUCCGUCUAACAACCUAGUGCUUCUAAAUAACCGAGUUUUAAAACGGAUGACCUACAAAAUAAUUCUUCACACCCUACUGGAAGACAAAACGUUCCCUCUUCAA